AUGCGUGUUUACCUUCCUGUUUCACUACGCAUAGAUCAGACUUUAUUCAUCAGUGUGCUUUUACUAUAUCCAGGGUAUAUAUUCAUCGACUUUUUAGUUUUGGACUGCAUAAUCAACCAGUUUUUUUUUAAUUUUCAAGGUACAAUGGAAGAUAUUACUCCGGUAAAGGAGAUUGACUCAAUCAAGGACAAUUUCACAAUUAAGGUUCGCAUCAUACGUCUUUGGACUCAAAAGUCAAAAUUUGAUGCAAAUGACACAUACUCGAUUGAAAUGAUUUUGAUGGAUGAGGAGGGAAGGAAAAUUCAUGCAUCUUGUCUGAAGAAAUGGUUUCCUAAAUUUCAACGCUAUUUAAAAGAGGAUGCUUCAUUAUACAUCAGGAAACCUAAUGUCGCACCAAAUACUUCAAACUUUAACUUUGCUGAUCCGGAUAGAAAACUUACUUUAAAUCCCGAUACAACUCUAAAAGAGUGUGAAAACUUUUCUGGUUCUGCACAUGGCUUUGCUUUUGUUGACUUCCAUACGAUUCUUUCUAACAACAUCCUGGAGUCAAACUCUAUUGGUUGGGAUACUAAGCUUAAAGUAACUUUGUGGGGUCAUAAUGCAUACUACAUGCAUGAUUUUCUUGCUAACAAUAACAACCUUGCUCCAAUUGUUGUUAUUGUUCAAUUUGUCAAAGUGAAGUUUAUUAAUGGUCGUCCUUUUACAUCAACUUACUUUGAUGUUAGUAGGUUGUUCAUAAACAAUGAUAUCGAUGAAAUUACAAUCUACAAAAACAAUGGAAUCAAGAUGAUUGCAUCAAAACAAGACACGGAACACGAUAACUUUCUGAAAAAUAAUUUGUUUUCGAAUAUCGAUGAUGUGUUUGAACCUUUGAAGGGAAAAACAGUCGUUAUUGUUGGUACUGUUAAGGGAAUACGUCAAAACAUACGUUGGUAUUACCUUGCAUGUAGCAACUGCAAAAAGUCAGCAAAACGAAAAGAGUCUUCUACUGAUAAGGUUGAUGGUUCUCAUGCAGUGGUCGAAAUUGUUACUUAUGAAUGUGCUAAUCAUAAAUGCAAAAAUAUCAAAUUUUCGGUUUCCAAGCUUGGCAUCAAUUUGGAUUUGUAUCCAAUGGAGUUGAAAGUUGUGGUGGACAAAAAGUUGGCAAUUAAGUUUGAUAUCUCACGUUACAAUGUCACUAAUAAAAGUGACAAUUUAACACCUUGUGCUAGGGACAACUCAACUGCAACAAGUCCUACAAAGUUGAUUUCUACACCAACUGAGUUGAAAAGAAACCUUGCUACAUGCAUAGAUCUUGAUGAAAUGGAGAAUUUGUCAACAUCUAAGUCUGCUCGAUUGCCACCACCGGGUGAACAACCAAUGCCUCUUUUGGUCCCCAAGAAAGAAAAGUAA